AUGGCCAAUUCUGCGCAGCCUCAGUUUCCCCCAGCCCGGGAGCCAGGCACUGCCUCGCCCACAGACCUGCCGGAGAUGGAGAAACUCCUCACUAAGGUGGAAGGCAAGCACGACAAGCCACUGAAGCUGUCCAAGUCCCUCUCGGGGGCCUUGGACCUGGAGCAGAAUGGCCAUGGCCUGCCCUUCAAGGUGGUGUCCGAGGGGCACCAGGAAGCCGCACUCCCCUGGUCACCCUCUCGAGCCAGCUCUAGGCGGGCAUCCUCCGUUGUCACCGCCUCCUCUGCCCAGGACCAAGAAGUCCCCAGAGAUUACCUCAUCCUUGCCAUCACCUCCUGCUUCUGCCCCGUCUGGCCCCUCAACCUCAUCCCCCUCAUCUUUUCUAUCAUGGUAAGUGCUGCUGGGUUUCAGGGCAGGGGCAAGGCGAGGGCUCAGCAGGCAUGGUCCUCUGGGAGGCACCAGACACUCUGUCUGGGUGCAAAGUAGGGGGGCUGGGGGCUCGGGAGAAGACUCCCCUUCUCACCUGGCC